UAUUUGGUCCAACAAGAACUGGCACCACCUUAUAAUGGAGGCUCAAAGUCCAUGAUGAAUGCCAGCAUGCAUAGGCAGGCACAUAGCGAUAUAGCAUAGCCCCUCUUGACCCAACUCCGAGCUAUAAUUACCCGUCGAGAAAAACAAAUGCGCACUCUUUCCCAUAUUCCCUCUCUGUAGAUCAAACGCUUCAUCGAUUUCUCUCCUUCUUCCUCUGAGUUUUUAAGAGAACAUUAUAGGCUGCUCGCCGCCGGCAUGCAGUGGGAGAGGAGCUCUCAACAAUCUCCGGCGAUGCGCGACUCCCACCUCCUCCUCUUUCUGCUCUUCCUUCUGAUUCACUCGGCGGCUCUCGCUGCUGCUCAGGCCUCUGCGAACUCAACCUCUAAAUGGCUCACACUUUCCGGGGAACAACCUUUAGUCAUUGCUCGGGGUGGAUUUUCAGGGCUAUUUGCUGAUUCCAGUUUUUAUGCCUUCAAAUUUGCUUUAUCCUCUAGUUUAUCGAAUGUGCUGCUGUGGUGCGAUGUGCAGCUAACCAAAGAUGGGGCAGGGAUUUGUUUUCCAGACGUUGUGUUGGAUAAUGCUUCUGAUAUUACAUAUAUUUUCCAAAAUAUGAGCAAGGAGUACAUUGUCAAUGGGCAGCCCAUUAAAGGAUUGUUUACUGUGGAUUUUACACUGGAUGACUUAGCAAAUGUCUCCUUGACACAAGCAGUUUAUUCUCGAUCUAGCAAGUUUGACGACAGUCAGUUCCCAAUUAUGACUGUUGAAAAUGUGGCUACAAUGAAACCACCGGGCUUAUGGUUGAAUAUUCAGCAUGAUGAGUUCUUUCGACAGAACAAUUUGAGUAUGAGGAGCUUUGUACUUUCAAUAUUUAGAAGUGUUGUUGUUAAAUAUAUAUCAUCACCAGAGGUGAAUUUUCUUCGCAGUAUCGAAGCACGAAAGCCAAGCAUCACAAAACUAGUCUUCCGGUUUCUGGGAAAAGAUGAAACUGAGCCUUUUACUAACCAGACCUAUGGUUCUCUCUUACAAAAUCUUACAUUUGUGAGGACAUUUGCCUCUGGAAUUCUUGUUCCUAAGGGUUACAUAUGGCCUGUGGAUGAGAGCCUAUAUUUACAAACUCGUACCUCUCUUGUGGUUGAUGCUCAUAAGGCAGGUCUAGAAGUCUUUGCAUCAGAUUUUGCGAAUGAUGUUCCUUUUAGCUACAACUUUAGUUAUGACCCUGUGGCCGAAUAUUUGUCUUUCAUGGACAAUGGUGAAUUCUCUGUUGAUGGUGUGCUGUCGGACUUCCCAAUAACUCCAUCAGAGGCCAUAGGUUGCUUCUCUCACAUAGGAAAAAAUGACUCAGGACAAGCUAAUCCUUUGGUUAUUGCAUACAAAGGAUCAAGUGGAGAGUACCCUGCUUGUACUGAUAUGGCAUAUACAAAAGCUAUUUUAGAUGGUGCCAAUUUUGUCAGCUGUCCAGUUCAAAUGACGAAGGAUGGAAUUCCAGUUUGCUUAAGCCAUAUAAAUCUUAUGAUUGGCACAAAUGUUGCUCAAUCAAAUUUCAUAAACCGAAUCAGAACCAUUCAGGAGAUUAAUGUGGAAAGUGGAGUAAUUGCACCUGACCUCACAUGGAGAGAGAUUCAAUCCUUGACCCAUUUCUCUGGCUCUAUUCAAUGUAGUGCAGCAGCAGAGCGGGCACCCCUAAAAUGUGCUGCUCAGCUUAGCAGAGCGGCGGCAAUAUCAAAUCCAUACGUGAAAUACCAAUUGUGGAGGAAUCCUAAGUUCAAAAGCGCCGGAAAGUUCUUAAUGCUAUCUGAGUUUUUGGCUGUGGCAAAGAAUUUGUCUUCUCUUUCUGGUGUAUUGAUUGUCAUAGAGAAUGCAGCUUACCUUGCAGAGAAGCACAGACUAGGUAUGAUUGAUGCAGUUCUUGAUGCCUUGAGAAAUUCUAGUUAUGGUAAUUCAACAGCCAAUAAGGAAGUAAUGAUCCAGUCCACUGACAGUUCUGUCCUCAAAGAAUUCAAAAAGAGAACAAAUUAUGAGCUCGUGUACCAAAUUGAUGAAGAUAUUAGUGACAUUGACAAUUCAGCUCUUGGGAACAUCAAGAAGUUCGCUAGUGCAGUUGUUAUCAGCAAGGGCUCUGUCUUUCCUACAAUUGAGGCCUUCUUUACUGGUGUCACAAAUGUCGUAUCAAAGCUCCACUCUUUUAAACUCAGUUGUUUUCUAGGAAACUUCAAUAAUGAGUUCGUAUCUCAAGCGUGGGACUGUUUUUCUGAUUCAACUGUGGAGAUAAACUCUUAUGUCAUGGGAGCUGGAAUUGACGGUGUCAUCACAGAGUUCCCUAAGACCGCAGUUUUAUACAAAAGGAAUCGUUGUUUACGACUGGGCAAUGAAAUUCCAAUUUACAUGAGACCUUCUCAACCUGGUGGUCUCUUCCAACUUAUUCCUACUCAAGAUUUGCCCCCAGCUGCUGCUCCAUUACCAGCCUUGACAGAUUUUGAUGUAUUGGAGUCACCUUUGCCCUCUGUUUCGGCGAAGAGCCCAUCCUCCAGCCCUAACAGGACUGAAGCAGCUGCUCCGAACUCUCCAAAUGGGCAGCCUAAUAUUGCUUCCUGCCUCUUGUUGUCGGGUCUGGCUAUGCUCAUGGUGACAGCUCUUCUAUAUUGAGACACUUGCAUAGGCACAUAUGACACUUUGCUUCCUUUGUUUUUCCAUCUCAAUCAUUGCUUUGAUUAACAUUUUUCCCUAUACUGCAGAGAUUUUUUUUCCACUCUUAUAUACAGUCGUAAACCUUAUUCUUCCUGAUGUAUAAAAAAAAACUCCUGAGUACAUUAUGGAUUCUUUUUAGUUGAGCAUUAUUUUCUUGUAAACGCUGCUGUAAUUUUUGAAUGUGAGAUUGUUUUGGUCGGAUAAUCCACAGAGAAAGGGCUAUUGGUCUUA